ACCCCGCCCAGCCAGUGCCUGGAAUUCCACCAUCAGCGUUUAUAUUCCGCUAUUCUGCGCUGUCCUGGGUUCACCUGAAAGUAAUCCCCGAGACUCCCCUUUCUGGCUUUCGGGGAGCCAGACACAGACCGGACACUUAGCUCUGCAGGAGCAGGCCUGGGCCAGGAAAGCCCAGAAGGCAGAGAGGGCUGUGCUGGGGAUUCCAGAAAGGUGUCCUGUCGGAGGGGGACCUUGGAGCUAGGUCCUGAGGAUGUUUGUCAAAUGAAGAAGGGAAUCCGAGGAGGAAGGAACGGCGGGAGGGAAAGCUAGGGGAGGAGCGAGAAACUUGGAGAGUUCUGGAAACACAGGUAGGAAUCUUCCCAGAAAUUUGGACGAGAUUUUACUAGGACCAGGGCUUGGGUUCCCCGGAACUCAUCCCUCUCCGCUCCUGAGAUGCUCUUGCUUCGCCUAAAGCCACGGGGUGGCCAGAUGGAAAAUACGGGGCUGGAACCCUCGCCUCGGUGUAAAUCCUACCGCCCUGGGCGAAGCCUCGUUCUUCCUCCCACCCUUCAUUUCCGGUGUCUGGGAUACCCGCGGUUCUAGGAUCCUAAAAAUUCGGUCUGAUGUUGCCGGGGGAACGCCAUUUCGCUGCACCCCCGCGUCCAGCCCCUUCCCCGCCUCUUGCCCUGACACUAGCCAAUAGAAACGAAGAUCUUCAGUGAGUCUCCUAAGGGGCCCAAUGAUGAUCGAGAAUCGUGGAGCACUUUACCAGUCACGCCGCGGAGUGGGUGGAGCCUCCUGUCAGGACUAGAAGCCACCCAGGCAGAGCGGGUAGGCGGGUCGCCGGUUGUGAACCCAUGUGGCGGGUGUUGUGGACCCUAGUAGCUCGGGCCGCACGUGGGCCUCGCAGUCCCAGAUCGUGCACGCGCCAGGGCAGCGGCGCCCCGGCCCCCGGUUCCGGGGCCACUAUCUUCGCGCUGAGCUCCGGCCAAGGCCGCUGCGGCAUCGCGGUGAUCCGGACCAGCGGUCCUUCCAGCGGCCACGCCCUCCGGAGUCUCACGGCGCCCCGGGACUUGCCCCCGGCUCGCAGCGCCUGCCUGCGCCUGCUCAGCCACCCCCGUUCCGGGGAGCCGUUGGACCACGCGCUGGUGCUCUGGUUCCCAGGUCCCCAAAGUUUCACGGGUGAGGACUGCGCGGAGUUCCACGUGCACGGAGGCCCGGCGGUGGUGAGUGGCGUCCUGCAGGCCCUGGGCAGUGUGCCAGGGCUGCGGCCGGCUGAGGCUGGUGAGUUCACCAGGCGGGCAUUCGCUCACGGGAAGCUGAGCCUGACCGAGGUGGAGGGGCUAGCGGAUCUAAUUCAUGCAGAAACCGAGGCGCAGCGGCGGCAGGCGCUGAGGCAGCUGGACGGGGAACUGGGCCACCUCUGCCAUGGCUGGGCCAAGACUCUCACUAAGGCUCUGGCUCACGUGGAGGCCUAUAUCGACUUUGGUGAGGAUGACAACCUGGAGGAGGGCGUCCUGGAGCAAGCUGACAGCCAAGUGCGGGAGCUGGAGCUGGCACUGAGCGCACAUCUUCGAGAUGCCAGGCGCGGGCAGAGGCUUCGCUCAGGAGCGCACGUAGUGGUCGCAGGACCCCCCAACGCUGGCAAGAGCAGCCUGGUGAACGUACUCAGCCGGAAGCCUGUGUCCAUAGUGUCCCCGGAGCCGGGGACCACCCGCGACGUGCUGGAGACCCCCGUGGACCUGGCCGGGUUCCCGGCGCUGCUGAGCGACACGGCGGGCUUGCGCGAGGCCGUGGGGCCGGUGGAGCAGGAGGGCGUGCGGCGCGCCCGCGAGAGGCUGGAGCAGGCUGACCUCAUUCUGGCGGUGCUGGAUGCUUCUGACCUGGGCUCUCCGUCCAGCUGCAACUUCCUGGAUACCGUUGUCGCCCCCCCAGGCGCUGGGAGCCCCAGUGAGAACAGCCGGCGCCUCCUGCUGGUGCUGAACAAAUCGGACUUGCUGCCUCCAGGGGGCCCAGACCCCAGGCCCGACCUGCCCCCGCACCUGCUGCUGUCCUGCUUGACCGGAGAGGGUUUGGAUGGCCUCCUGGAGGCGUUGAGGAAGGAGCUGGCUGAAGUGUGUGGGGACCCGUCCACAGGCCCACCACUUCUGACGCGUGCAAGACACCAGCAUCAUCUCCAGGGCUGCCUGGAUGCCCUCCGCCACUACAAGCAGACAAAAGACCUAGCCCUGGCUGCUGAGGCGCUGCGACUCGCCCGGGGCCACCUGGGCCGCAUCACAGGCGGAGGCGGCACUGAGGAGGUCUUGGACAUCAUCUUCCGGGACUUCUGCGUGGGCAAGUGAGGGGACCACUGAAGCUCCCAGCCAGGCUGGGGGGGAGGGGCCAGAAGCCCUGAGGCAUGUGGGAAUAGCUUAGGCCGAGUGAGAAUCUCAUCCCCUGGGGCAAGAAGUUGGCCCCAGGACGCUGAAGCAAAGUGCCACCUUCAGAGGUGGUGAGCUCCCUGUUGCUGGCUGUAGCUUAGUUCCCUGGCAGGGACAUGCUAGGGGUUCCAGCCCUGGAGUGGAGCUCAACGGAGGUCCCUUCGGGUUCCGAUGCUGGGGGAGUAGGAGUGGACGGUUGUGAUAGGGGUGGGAGGGCCUCAGGGAUCUUUGUUUUGCGGUUUUUAAUUUAUUUUGCAAAUACUAAAGGAAUAUAAAAAAAUUCAGGUGAUUCAGAAAUGCUUAAACAUGGAAAUCUCCCCCCGUCCCAUCCCUUGGGGUCACAGUUUGUGUCCUUCCAGAAUUCUGUCUGCUGUUUUGCAUACUUGUGGAUACACCUAUAAAAUAUGUUUUGUCUUGUA